GCGUCGCACAGCAUGGCGGACGGUGCGGGCCAGCAGCCCGACGAGCCGGCGGCGUCGCCUGCUCACGAGGCCGGCUCGCCGCUGCAGCCGGCACGCGACGACGAAGAGCUGCUCGACGUGGUGAGCACGGCAUCGCUGGACGGCGCUGACUUCUCCGAGGACGAAGAGUACUUUCGUCCCAUCAAGCGGCUCUGCAUGCUCGAGGCGCCGGCGAACCCGUCGCCCAAGCCGCUCACCUCCUUCUUUAUCAAGGACAUCCUGAGCCACAAGCCCGCGCGCCGUGCGUCCGGCAUUGUGAGGCCCUGGGACCUCGAGUCGGCGAGCCCCGGCCGCCGACGGCCGCGCUCUACCGACGAGGACUCGCGCUCCGAGAGCGACUCGGCCGACAGCCCGGCGGCGCCGCAGCAGCACAGCUCCACGUCGCCGCUGGAUGCACUCUUCGAGAUGACGAGCAAGGCCUUCGAGGGGCUCGAGUCUGGAGACCGCACAGCAGAUGCCUCUCGGGAGAAUGGCGGCUCUUUCAACGGUCGGCAGCCAGUAAAAAAGAAGCGGAAGUCGCGAACGGCGUUCACCAACCACCAGAUCUUCGAGCUGGAGAAAAGGUUCCUCUACCAGAAAUACCUGUCACCCGCCGAUAGGGACGAGAUCGCGCAGUCGCUGGGGCUCACAAACGCCCAAGUGAUCACCUGGUUCCAGAACCGGCGCGCGAAGCUCAAGCGGGAUAUGGAAGAGCUCAAAAAGGACAUGGAUGCUGCCAAGAUCCACACCAUUCACAAGACCUUACUGGACAACAUACAAGAUCUCAGCAGUUUCAAGAAGGACAUCCACAAGGCUGCGAGCGGACCGUGAACCCCUGGUGCCACGAUCUUCUCGGAAAGUCCAAAAAAAAAAGUUCUCGCAAGAACUGUCGAUACCUUCUAUGGGUUCCAUGUGCAGAGACAGCCUUUCUACGGGUAACUCGUCGGACAGUGCGUUGGCGACGCCGCCGUCGCCACUGCUUUGCCAUCUUGUGCUAUGGUCCGCUUCUUCGCGGCGGGCCGCAAGGUGCACACGACAACACAAACACACACGCAUGCUACAAGCCACCACGCGAAACCGCGAACUGUGCGCUUGGUGUGCUCUUUUUCUCUGAAUGCCAUGUAUGCCUCCCUUUCCUUCGCCGCUCUCCCUGGCAUGGGGAGCUACUCUGUCGAGCUCCUCGUAUAUACGUAAGAGGCACUGGCCUGACGAAGUGGCCGAGGUCAUGCAAAGUCCCGAAAGGAGAGUAUUUAUUUACCACGUAGUAGUUCCCUGUGAAGUACACUUUUCAUUAUGCAUGAUUGUGCUGGCCGGCUGCGAGGUAGCCUUCCACAACGAGCUGUUAUUUGGUUUUUUUUUUUAAUAUUUAUUACGGAACCAAGACGAAACUGGUCAUAUUGUUUCGCACCUUACGAAAAUUCAAUGCAGCUUGACGUCAAGUUACUUAUUAAAAAGCGAACCGCCGAUUUCCUAACUGUGGAAAGAUCACCUAGUUUCUGUAUUUUCCUUUAUGCUGUUUAGUUGGGGUUCCGAAGAAAUAGACGCCGUUAUAAGAGCGAGCAUUAUCGCGCUAGAUUAAGGCAUCCCAUGUGCGUAACAGUGCUUCGACUGGGGAGCUCGAUCAUAAAAUGGAUGUUCGAUAAAGAGGGGGUGAUUAAGUUAUUUACAAACGCAUUGGUCGAGUUCCCUAACAUUCUUCUGUUACUCCGGUGAAAUAGCACCAACCUUGUUUCGCUCGGAGUACUUUUUUUUUCUGUAUAGCUUGCUACAUUGCAAGAAGUCACAAACAUCGCAGUGUAUCAGUAUUUUAUUAUGAGAUGCGGAGGCGCUUAGGUUUUGUCAUUUGAUUCGAUGCACGUACACAUGCUCGUAUACAGUGGGUAGCUAGAUUGCCGCUAUUGUCGGAGUGCUUGAGAGGCUGGAAGCCACAGUAUACGCUCACAUCCAGGCCUGAACUAGCGCAUCAACACGUUUUCAGCGGUGGAUAGCUCAACGCAGAAUCUUAUUUUGUAUAAUCAAAGUUUAGCCGGACAAACAUGCGACUGUAAACGAGACAAAUUUUUUAGAACUUUUCGGCGAACUUACAAGAAAGAAAAUCAGGCCCUUUCAUGGUCGGUCUUGAAUUGGAUUGCGAACUGUACAGAACAGUUUGCCUUAGUUGCGCAAAACAAGUGCAGGUAUUAUAAGUGAACCUAUGGAACGAUUGCCACAGCGGACAUGACGUGACGACGACCUGUUCUUCAUUGUCCUUGCUGUAUCUCUCUGCUGCAAUGCUUACCCAACAAGUGUCUUUUUGUUUUUAUUCAGAGAAAAGGUGAAUUAAAUUUGUGUUCUAGGCGUUAAGAGCAUAUAUGGCAUUCGAUAAAUAGAUACCAUUGCCCAGCAGUUCACUAUAUUGUGCGAAAAAACGUCUCGGCAGCUCGGACAGCACGACAAUCGCGCCGCCGCUUAGUGUGCAAUCCACUCGGUCCUGCACUUGACGGCGAAGGAAUCACACCCGUUCCCGCGCAGUGCUCUGGAUUCACUGACUGCGUGUGACGAUUUCAAGGAGAGUCGAAUGAAGGUCCGGAGGACCCACCAGUCGGUCAGCGGUGACUUCAAUGGCCUGGUCAACGGGGUCUUCUGCGAGGCAGAGGCCUACGCCCUGUAUAUAUACGUACGCUUUCGGCAGUUGCUGCUAUGUCCCAUGUACAUAUGUUACGUCCCCGCCCAGAAAUUUCUGUAAAACUCUACGGGCAUCUUGCGCGAACACAGCCGCCGGCAGGCCUCGGCUAUGUUGAACUGUACGCGAAACAUUUGCUUCGUUCUGUGUCGUUUUUUUUUGUCUCACUUCCUUGGGCUUUGUUUACCUCGUUACAUCAGCACAACGAAACAGAAAUGCAACACCGCGCUUAGAGCAAGAACCAUUGUAUCUAAAGGUUUUUUUUUUUUUUUGCCUGGUCUGACUAUUUAAAGUUUCUGAAAGCAAUUAUUAAUGCAGUCAUACUAAACAAGGUUUGUGGCACCCUUCGAGGUGCCAGUCGUCUUUGUCAGAAAUUGCUUUAGGACGAGGAUUGCUCCCGGUACACGCACAGCGCUUCUAUUUUUAUUCGAGUGCUCGAAUCCGCCUUGUUGGCGCAAUAAGAGCUGGAAACAACAUUGUCAACGAAAAUACACACGCACAAACACAGCUUCACGAAAGCGUCUCCAGCAUACAUGUACACACAAUAGCAAAUGUUCAUUGCAAGACUGCAAUUUACAAGCAUGGAAGGACUGUCACCGCAUCGGAGACCGCAUGCAAUGGCUGGCGAGGUUCAUUUGCAGCCUUCGCAUUUUUCAAGGUCAUCACAGACCAGAUUUAUUUAUACGGCAUUGGUCCAUUUCACCAUUUUAGCCGUGCGAACGCGCGUAGGCUUCGCGUUCAUGGCCUCCUAUGUGUCGUUAAUGUACGCCGUGGAACAGCAGCGAGAGUACUAACGAGUACAGUGAAAGCGUUCCACGGUGACCGACCACAAUAUGCAUGUCCUCACCCCGCGAAAUACAGCUCAGAACAGAGGAAAUGGAAGCACACAGCCAGAGUCUGAAAGGCACAAAACAUUAACGGAGAAGAAAGUGUUACGUGUCCCUUUUCUUUUUCCUUCGUUUUCAUCCCCACCGACUCCAUAAGUCUGUCACGAUACAGAGGUGUGCACUGCCAGUGUUGCUUUUCUAAACACUUGAUUUCCUUUGUCUUUCCGCAAGCAUUACAUUUUAGUUCUGACAGCGACAGUUUCGAACGCCUGCAUGCCGUGAUAAAACACUCCCGUUGGGUCAAGGCCUGACGGGAACGACUUUACAACAAAAGAAGAAAAAAAAAAACGGCAGCGAACAGACACAGCUUGCACAUCGUCAUCCACCGGUACCAAGCUUGCGACAUACGCACAGCGCGAACGACUCCGAAAGUUUGCUCCCAAAGCGGCUUCGCUCAUACAACAAGCCAGGUGAAUUCGUCAAACCGAACAACUAACAGGCUUCUUCGAAUACCCUCUUCCUCGAAUGAGUUAUUUUCCUCUCUCUCUCUCUUUCUUUUUUUCUUUUGUUUGUUUCUCAGCGAAGGAAACGUUGGCUCACACCAAAUAAACCAGGCCUAUACAGUACAGGUCUUGUAGCGACUGCUCCGUAUACACUUUGCAACGCAUUAUACACAUUGUACAUAGCGAGCAGCCCGUCUUGUUGUGCAGAGUUUGCGUCUUUGCUGCGAGAGUAAACAUUGUGUCGUGUUUUUGCGUGUUGUUACGUGUGAGAUCCCAGCCUAUGUCAUCAAGUCCUUUCUGUCUCUCUUCUUCAUUUUUUUUGUCUUUUCAAUGAAGCCGUGCGGCAGUGGUGGUGAAUGCGGUAAUGAACAAUCAGGGUGGGCUUGCUUGCCAAAAAAAGAAACAGAAAGAAAUAUUGCCACUUAUUUUGUACUUUACUGUAGCUGAACACAGCUGACAACGCAUACUUUGCUAGUGAUGCGAGCGAGACAACGUCGAGUGAUCGUUGGUCGUGUCCAGUUUUGGCCUCCAUCCAGGAUUUAUUGCACUGGCUUUUAAGUCUGCUGAUAAUCAUGACAUGCCCACCGGCUGAACCAGGCGCGACAUUUUAUUGUCUUUUGGUUCAUAAUCGUGCUUCAGGCGAAGCAUAAAACAACCUAUACGUAUGGGUCGCGUUGCAAUUACGAAACCACUGUUGCUCGCGCUUCUUUUAUAUAUUGUAAGUAGUUCCUAUUUAAGUACACGGCAAAAUCUAAAUGUCUAUUAUUACUUGCGUAUUCAAUGUUUUGUUAAAUAUUGGUAUCUGUACACAUCACUGAACGAUCCUGUGAUAAUUCUUAUUGUUUCGAGAGACGUUGUAGCGUUCAUGCCUGAAUGAACAAUGCGUAUAACAAUAAAAUCUGAAUUUA